GGGAAGAAAAAAAUGGGACAAGUUACAGAAAAAAUGAAGAUGAAGAGUUGAAACGACGUCGGUGUAUGUUAUGAAGCUAAAAGGUUUGGGCCACCGAGAAACCAUUACACAUCCGUUGACUUUUUGGCUCUUCUGUUGAACCAAUGUCUUUCACUUCAGUCCCCACGCUCGCCAUCAGAUCCGGACCAUCCGGUCAUCACUCGAUGCCGGUUCUUGGUUUUGGAACAGCCGCUUCUCCGAUACCGGAACCAACGAUGCUGAAAGAGACGGUGAUUGAGGCCAUCAAGCUCGGUUAUCGCCAUUUCGACACGUCGCCGAGGUACCAAACGGAAGAGCCAAUCGGUGAAGCUUUGGCGGAGGCGGUUUCUCUUGGCUUAGUUCGAUCUCGAUCUGAAUUCUUUGUCACUACCAAGCUUUGGUGUGCUGAUGCUCAUGGUGGUCUCGUCGUACCGGCGAUCAAACGGAGUUUGAAAAACCUUAAACUGGACUAUCUUGAUCUUUAUCUAAUUCAUUGGCCGGUUAGCUCGAAACCUGGUAAAUACAAGUUUCCCAUUGAUGAAGAUGAUUUUUUGCCAAUGGAUUUCGAAGUAGUGUGGUCUGAAAUGGAGGAGUGCCAAAGACUCGGGCUUGCAAAGUGUAUAGGAGUAAGCAACUUUUCUUGUAAGAAGCUUCAACACAUCCUCUCUCUCGCGAAAAUCCCGCCUAGCGUCAAUCAGGUCGAGAUGAGUCCAAUAUGGCAACAACGAAAACUAAGGGAGCUUUGUAGUUCGAACGACAUUGUUGUCACAGCUUAUUCGGUGUUGGGAUCUAGAGGGGCUUUUUGGGGAACUCCCAAAAUUAUGGAAUCUGACGUUCUCAAAGAAAUAGCAGAAGCAAAGGAAAAAACUGUGGCCCAGGUGAGCAUGAGAUGGGCUUAUGAACAAGGAGUGAACAUGGUGGUAAAGAGCUUUACCAAAGAGAGAUUGGAAGAGAAUCUGAACAUAUUUGAUUGGUCUUUGACAGAAGAGGAGACACAGAGAAUCUCGACAGAGAUUCCACAGUUCAGGAACCUCGGCGGAGAGGUUUAUAUCUCCAAGAAAGGUCCCAUAAAAUCCGUCGCCGAAAUGUGGGAUGGCGAGAUCUGAUCACUUCUCGUGAAAAUAGCAUAGUGAAAUUGCACAAUCAUCAUUUGUCAUAUUGAUUUACUUGUCACUCUCUUAUAAUGAAUAAUGAAUAAGUAAGAUCUCCAACAUAAACGAUUUAUCAUUUAGACACAACGUAAUCAAUCAAAAAGAAUGUUGGGGCAGUUGCCAAAUUA